AUGUACGUAAACACAAGAUUCGACGCUUCGCUUAGCGAGAAGGAUGUGCCUGGGCUAGGGAAACGCGGCAUUGCAGCAAAAAUGAGUGGCCGUUCUCCUUUGCUUGGUAGUGAUUCGCCUGGGCUCAGCAAGGAUCGACGUCGCUUUAUCAUUAUCUCGAUCUUUGAUGCUACGCUUACCACUUUGUUAUGGCUGCUUUGCACGGUCAGUAAAGGCGAUGAUUGGCCCACGGUGUUUCUUCAGGAAAUCAAUAUCUUUGAUUCGAAGUUCAUGAGCAUAUCAUUGUUUGACAUAGUUCUUUGCGCAGUUUUGCGUAUGGUUGUUCUCAUUCUUUUAUAUGCCGUCUUCGUUGUUCGACAUUGGCUGCCGGUUGCCAUCACAACUUCACUUUCUACUGUGUACAUAGUUAUAAAGAUUCUUUUCUUUUUUUCUCACAAACAAGGCGGUCUUCCACAAUAUCUGCUGGUAUUGGCGUCUUUCUCUAUCGCAUGGUUCGAACUCUGGCUAAUGCCCUUCAAGGUGUUGCCGGGCGAGCGACGAUGCGAACACAACGACUCACUUCGUGACGAUUUGUCCGUCUCAGUGCGUGGCAACUCAUUUAGAGAGCCACGUCCGAAUCAAACUCCGCGCUAUAUCUCGGAGGAUGAAUUUCGGAGUGCCAUGGAGUUUUCUUCUGAAGAUGAAGCCCUUCGCAGUCAUGCAAAUCGUCCGCUUCUUAGAGGUAGCCAAAUCUCUGCGGAACUGCGUGAUACAUGCGAGAAGGUAUUGAGAGAUGCAUCUGAAAAGGUCGAUACGCUUCUACGACAAGCUCGGAUGGGAGAAUGGAAAGUACUGAAAGUGAAAGACCCUAUGGUUUUACAAGCUCCUGACCUAACGUAUUAUGUUCGAGCGGAGUUCGGCUGUCCUCCUCAAGUAUUAUUCGAUGCUGCUUGGAAGGACGUAAUGCGAUGGAAUACGCAGUUAGUUGAAGCUAGGGUCAUCAGCAUAUUAGACUCAGUGACGGACUUGUACUAUUCGAUGACAGCUCCAGCUCUGAAGGGAUACGUUGCUUCGCGUGAUUUUUUCGACGUUCGAAGAAUUCAUUUCGAUUCGGCCAUGCAAACAUACUCGGGUGUGUUUGUUUCCAUUGAGUCAGCAGCAUGCCCGAUACAUGCGAACAAGAAGAUCGUAAGAGGCGCAAAUGGUCCUGGAUGUAUACGAGCUGUUGGAGAUAUCACUACUCCAGGGCAGUCCGCUCUGGAAUGGCUGAUAAGGACAGAUUUGAAAGGCGGCCUCCCAAAACGGCUCAUUCAAUCCACGAUGCUCACAUAUUUCAUAGAACAUAUCACUCGUCUUCGGGAAUAUAUCGAUGGGCAAUCGGGGACGCGUGCUGCCUCAUCUUGAGUAAUUUAGGCAUGGUUCCAUGAAUCCUUUAUUCCAUGGAGUGAAGAAAUUUCACAGAGUGAGCUUGGAAUUUGGUUUAAAUUCUAGCUAUUACCUUAAGGUGGAGGAAGUUUUACCUAAGUGCAAGUCUUGAUUGCUCAAUUUGCCAUAGUGAAAAGCCUAUGAGAGUUUUUUGGAAGAAGUAUUGUUUUAAUAACAAAAUCACAUUAAUGUAUGCAACCUGUAUAUUUGUGUUUUUUCUAAUCCACUACCCCUCUACUAUUCGGGUCUGAGGUGCAGCGGUCGUAAGCAAUGUCCCACAAUGUCUUUGAGAUUCUUGAUUUUUUACAAAUGAUUUUGUUAGUGUGAUUCGAUUAUUUUGUAGGAAACACUUGAAAAGGUGUUUUAUUUGAGCGAUUCUUAUUUUUCAUACAAAAUGUGAUCAAUGGAUGAUUCUAAUAAACCUCUUCUUUCG